AUGGUCAAUAAGAACUCAAUCCCGCAACUGAACAAUGAAGUUAAAAUAAAAAUAGGGCUUAUAGGAGAUGCGCAGGUCGGGAAGACUUCACUUAUGGUAAAAUAUGUACAAAAUGUUUUUGACGAGGAGUAUACUCAGACUUUGGGGGUUCAUUAUUUAGAACGGAAAAUCAAUUUGGGUUCUACGGACGUUAUUUUUUCAAUUAUGGAUCUUGGUGGUCAACGGGAAUUUAUUAAUAUGUUGCCAUUGGUAUCGAAUAGAGCAGUGGCGAUCAUCUUUUUGUUUGAUCUUACUCGGCCAGAGACACUUACUUCGAUUAGAGAGUGGUAUCGGCAAGCGAGGGGGUUUAAUGAGACUGCAAUUCCUCUUCUGGUAGGGACGAAGUAUGAUUUGCUGGUGAAUCUUGAUGUAGCGUACCAGGAGGAAGUUUCAAAGACCAGCAUGAGGUAUGCGCAGGUAAUGGGAGCACCGCUGAUAUUUUGUUCGACGGCAUCGUCAAUCAACGUACAAAAGAUCUUCAAGGUUGUAAUAGCAAAAGCAUUUAAUUUGACGUUGCGGAUACCCGAAAUCAAGGAUAUCGGGGACCCGUUGCUCAUUUAUAAGACAUUGGGGAACCAGCCGCAGAGGCAGUCAGCAGAUUAUUCGGAGCAUGCGCGUUGCCGACAGCCAGAGCAGAUAAGGAACAUGACAUCUGAACAUUAA